AUGGAUGAUGAAGGACAACGUGCGGCAGCAACAAUCGAGUCAUUAUCAAUUUGCCGUGAUCAACUGUUUGGAGCUCCGUCAUUGACUGACAUUCAACAACCAACUGAUUAUGAUCCUCGGGAUAAUACCAAUUACGACAACAAUGGUGAGGAUGCAUUUAUUGACAUGAGUGAUGAUAUAUUAACGUUCAGUGUACCACCAGUGAAUUUUGAGCGAACAACAAGUGAGAAUUUUGCUGAUAUUAUAUUAUCACAACUUGAUAACAAAAACGCGAAUUUUCCUGAUGAUACUGAUGCAUUAAAUGAAAUAAAUACUGAACCAUUGAACUUAGUUCCGCUUUCAGCUAUCAGGUCGGAAGCUACUGCACUUCAAUUAGAAUUUGAUGUGACAGUGGAAGGAGGUCGUCAAAGUGCUUAUAUCUUUAAAGGUCGCUCACUUUUUGCGAAGAUGAAUACCAAUGUCAUAUUUGUAGUGAAUUGUCCUGUUCCUCCUCCACCAAAAUCAUUUGUCCGGAUUUGUGCUAUCUAUUCGGAUAAUAUUUAUGCUAAUGUUCCGGUUCGUCGAUGUGAUUAUCAUCGUUUACGAGAUAGAAAUUAUGAAGAACACUUCUUAAUUGUAACCAAUAUUUCUAAAGCACAACAUUUGACAGAAAAAGUAGAAGGUGAGGAAGGUUUUCGAUCAUUUGCAAUUGUACCUUUCGAUGCAAUUCAUGCAAAUAGAUGCUUAAUGCUGCAAUUUCGAUGCUAUUCAUCUUGUGCUGGUGGUAUCAAUCGACGACAAGUGGUUUUAUGUUUUUCUUUGGAAAAUGGUGGUAACCUACUUGGGGACAGUAAGAUGCAUCUAAAAGUAUGUUCACUUCCAAGUCGAGAUGCAAAUUUGGACGUUAAUAAUAUGCCACGUAACAAACGUCCGGCUGCCAAACAUUAUCCGGCAGUUGCAGAAGUUGUUUCCGUUUCAGCGAAGAAUAAACCGGAACAACCUUGGGAUGAUGAUGAUACAGUUUACUCAUUAGAGAUUCGUGGAAGGCAUUUGUACAAAAUAGUUUGUGCUAUCGUUGGUAAUUUUGAAUUAACGAGAAAUUUGCUGAAGGAUAAAAAUCAAAGAAAUGAUAGAGAAAUGUUGACGGUGAGCGAUAGUUCAAGUUCGCUAUCACAAAACACUCCUAUUGAUUCGUGGCUGAAUACCCUGGAACUAUCAAAAUAUAAGCAUUUAUUUGCGGAUCGAUCAUUAUAUGUAAUUGCUGAUUUGGAUGGAAUUGUCAAUAAAAUGUAUCUAUUAUCGAUAGGUGUUACUGAAGAAGAUGCGAUAAAAAUGUUAAAUUCAUAUUUAUCUUGGUUUAACAUUUUCAAUGCUCAGCGGUUGAGCAGUUUGUCAUCUGAUGGUUCUACGAUUCGAGUGCAAAGAACCCGUGUAAGUGGUUCCAUUCGGGCAUCUCAUACGAAGUAA